UCUCCCUCCAUCUCUCCAUCUCUCGAUGCGCCACGGCUCCUCCCUCCACCUUGCACAGUGGUGGCCCCUCCCUCUCCAUCUUUCUUUCUCCACUCGCUCUCUCGCUCUGCUAGGUACGGCGUGUAUUUCGAAGCCCUGGGAGCCGGUGCACUCCUGUUUACAUGGCUGCCUGUGUCUGGGGCAGGAGCUCACACAUUCUGGGGACUGCGGCUGUCCCCGUUCCGCCUUCUGAGUGUUUUCCAGUCCAUUGGCUCGCUUUCAGGAAUUGUUUUUUUCCUCGUGAAUUUCUUCAAAGGCCUCCUCAGUGCCUCUCUGGCCGCUCUGGCCUUAUUCGGAUCUAAACAGCAACCCUGCAGAAUGGACCUGCCAAAAUUAGACUUCUCUGCAUGACGUUUCUGCAGGUAACUAGCAGGAUGGUGGCCGGUGAGGUGAGUGGGCACAGCUACCUGGUGGCAUGCUGGCAGCCCAUUCUUAUCCUGAUGCUGGGCACGGUACUGUCUGGCUCGGCCACGGGGUGCCCUUUCCGCUGUGAGUGCAGUGGCCAGGACCGCUCUGUCCAGUGCCACCGCCGGAAGCUGACUGCUCUCCCUGAGGGAAUCCCCAUCGAGACGCGCCUGUUGGACCUAAGCAAGAACCGCCUGAAAGCCAUCAACCCCGAAGAGUUCAUCAACUACCCCCACUUGGAGGAGCUGCAGCUCAACGAAAACAUCAUCUCGGUUAUCGAGCCUGGGGCCUUCAGCAAUCUCUUUGGCUUACGGACGUUGGGAUUGCGCAAUAACAAGCUGAAACUCAUCCAGCUGGGUGUAUUCACUGGCUUGACUAACCUCACCAGACUGGACAUCAGCGAGAAUAAAAUAGUCAUCCUGUUGGACUACAUGUUUCAGGACCUUUAUAAUCUAAAGGAACUGGAGGUGGGGGAUAAUGACCUGGUCUUCAUCUCACAUAGAGCCUUUCAUGGCCUCAGCAGUUUAGAGCAGCUCACAAUGGAGAGGUGCAACCUGACCUCUGUGCCCACAGAGGCCUUCAGCCAUCUCCAUAACUUGCUGGUACUCAAGAUGCACAAUUUCAAUGUCAACAUUAUUAAGGACUUUUCUUUCAGGAGACUCUACCGACUGAAAGUCUUAGAGAUAGCAAGUUGGCCCUUUCUAGAAAUCCUGACUGACAAGUCCCUCCAUGGACUCAACAUUACUACCUUGAGUAUCACGAAUUGCAACCUCACUGCCAUUCCAUAUGUGGCCAUCCGGCACCUUGUGUAUCUUCGCUCUCUCAACCUUUCUUUCAAUCCCAUAGAGGUCGUGGAGGGAAACAAAAUGCACAAUUUAAUGAGACUCCAGGUAUUUGACUUAGUAGGAGGGCGAUUGGUCACAAUUGAGCCUUACUCUUUCAGAGGACUAAAUUACCUGAAGGUUCUCAAUGUAUCCAGCAAUAGCCUGAGCACUUUAGAAGAGUCUGCCUUUCACUCGGUUGGUAACCUGGAGACUCUGGCCCUAUAUGACAACCCCUUGGCAUGUGACUGCCGUUUGCUAUGGGUCUUUCGGCGGCGCUUGAGGCUCAAUUUCAACAAACAGCAGCCAUCUUGUGCCACACCUGAGUUUGUGCAGGGGAAAGAGUUUAAACACUUCCCAGAUACUCUCUCUACUAACUACUUCACUUGCCAGAAAUCUAAGAUCCGGGACCACAAACCCCUUCAGAGGAUUGUGGAUGAAGGGACUACAGUUCGUUUUGCAUGCCAAGCAGAUGGGGACCCGGCCCCUGUAAUUAUGUGGCAGUCUCCAAGGAAGCAGUUCAUCACCACUAAAACUGUUGGACGUUUGUCAGUUUCCAUGGAUGGCACCCUGGAAGUGAGGUACGCCCAAAUACAAGACAAUGGCACAUAUGCAUGUAUAGCUACCAAUGCAGGGGGUAAUGACACCAAACUUGCUCAUUUACAUGUUCAUAGUUAUUCCCCCAACUGGCCCCAUCAACCUAACAAGACAUUUGCCUUCAUCUCUAACCAACCCAAUGAAGGUAGUGCCAACGGGACUGGUAAAUCAGGCCCAUUUCCAUUCGAUAUGAAGACUCUGAUAAUUGCUACUACUAUGGGGUUCAUUUCCUUCCUUGGAGUGGUGCUGUUCUGUCUUGUACUCCUCUUCCUCUGGAGUCGAGGGAAAGGUAAUCCCAAGCCAAACAUUGAGAUUGAGUAUGUGCCACGUAAAGUAGAUGGGGAGACUAGUUCAACAGGGGACUCCCAUAAGAUCCGAAUGAAAAUGAUGUAAAAGCCUCCUCUUCACUAUAAGGCAGUCAUGAUUAACUGAAGUUUAUGUGUGAAAUCUUUGGCAGGAGACUUCAUUUGAGGACUGAGGGAGAAAUCGUGUUUGUUUCCCACAUAGAACUGGUGGAAAAAACAAUGUUUAAAAUAAAGCCUUUUCCAAAUAUUCUUUGCCAAUCACUUCACGGCAUUGCCUGGCUGGGAUUGUUACUUCAAAAGGAAGUCAAAAGGAAUUUCAAGGGAUCUUGAUUUUGUUUUUGUUUUGGUUACUGUGAAGAUGACUUUGAUUAUUUGAGAACCAGAAAGCAGAGGGCCAGUUUUAACCCACACUUGUCUUUGUCUUUUUACCUUUUGUCAUUUUUUUAAUGUACAUAAUUAUUUCUGUGUACAUAGGGCAAUACAGUUGUUAAAAGCAAGGGUUCAGAAGUCAUGUUCAUGGGUUGUUGAGCAUAAUGGAGUUUUUGUGAUGUGCUUACACUGGUCAGUUACAUGUAAACUGUAUACCCGUCUGAUAAAAUUGCUGUAAAUGACCAUUGCCAACUCUUUAUAAGAGAUAUUCAUUUUUUAAAAAUUAACUAAUGAUUAUGCUUGACAAUCAUCCAUGUUAUAAAGUCAAGUGUUAAUCCUUAAAUAUGACAUCUUUAAAUGGAUGGGAUAAGUAUUGAUGCCAGAAAUAAACCUAUCUAUAAGCCAAAUGUAGCUUUGAACUUAAAGCCAUUUGGUAUUUCUGAAUGUGCACUGAAGCCACUGAUUAUGUUUUGGCAUCCACAUUGAAAUAUAUCUGACAGAAGUCUCAAAAGAAGCCUCAGUAGUUUUCAUCUGCUGAUAAAAGAGUUUACAUUUUUAUUGCUUUAUCUUACUCAUCAUAUUGUAUCAUGAUUAAUUAACGAUACCUUAAUCCACCCAUAACAUGUAUAAUGCAGGGAUUCCUCUGAAGGUAAAUGUGUUCAUAACCCCUUACAUCAGUAUUACCUCUGGAACAAUGGCAGACUGUAAAACAAUAAAAUGAAAUAAUUUUU